GUCACUGCGUUUCUCUAUUAUGGGUUUGCAGCUGUCAGAGCAACAAUAACAAGAGAAGAGCAGUAACGGAAACCAUAACGAGUUAUUUUGAAAGGCUCAAACACCCUUGUCAGCCGCGAAUUUCAUUAAUACUGUCACCAAAGCUCUCGGCAAAUUAACUCUGGCCUCCGCUUCUUCCUCCACCGAUUCAGAAACCGGUGGAGCGUCGCCGCCACCGCGGAAGAAACACAGAUUCAGUCGCAGAAAAAACAGGGGAGCUCGCGGCUGCAACUGGGUCAGCGGGCCUGACAGUGUGGGUCUUUUCAGUUUUCCAACUUUACACUUUACACCUGCCAUCCGCUCAAAUCCGCAUAGGGUCGUCCAUAUCAACACUCAUAACAUGCAGGCCAACGGGGCAGGACAGGCUCCAGAGUCAGAACUGUCCUGCCUGAAUAACGGUGCGCAAAACGGAGACGGUGGUGGAGCUCACUCCAAUGGACUAUCAACCGUAAACAACGGAACCCCAGUCAGUAACAACGGGCAAGUGGUCUCGAACUCCGUGGCUUCGGAUGCAAACUCGACCGCAAAGAAAAAUAAAUGUCCUUCUCAGUCAGAGGAAGACGUCAUCAGGCUUAUAGGACAACAUCUACACGAUCUAGGACUCAAUCAGGCAGUGGACCUGUUAAUGCAGGAGUCAAGGUGCCGGCUGGAACACCCAUCUGCCUCCAAGUUCCGGAACCAUGUGAUGGAAGGGGAGUGGGACAAGGCAGAGAGUGACUUGAAUGAACUGAAGACAUUGAUGCAUUCUCCAAGUGCAAUUGUGCGUAUGAAGUUCCUGCUGCUGCAGCAGAAGUACCUGGAGUACCUGGAGGACGGGAAGGUUCUGGAGGCGCUGCAUGUGCUCAGGGCAGAGCUCACCCCCCUGAAGUACAACACAGACCGCAUCCACGUCCUCAGCGGGUACCUGAUGUGCAGUCAGUCGGAGGACCUGAGAGCCAAGGCAGAAUGGGAGGGCACGGGCCCAGCCUCACGCAGCAAGCUGCUGGACAAGCUGCAGACAUACCUGCCCCCCUCGGUCAUGCUGCCCCCCCGCAGACUGCAGACCCUGCUGCUGCAGGCGGUGGAGCUGCAGAGAGAGCGCUGUCUCUACCACAACACCAAGCUGGACAGCAGCAUGGACUCUGUCUCCCUGCUGCUGGACCACACCUGUUCACGGAAGCGGUUCCCCUGCUACACCCAACAGGUCCUGACGGAGCACUGUAACGAGGUCUGGUUCUGCAAGUUCUCCAAUGAUGGAACCAAGCUGGCCAGUGGCUCCAAGGACACCACUGUCAUAGUGUGGCAGGUUGAUAGUGAGAGUCACCAGGUUAAAGUGAUGAGGACGCUGGAGGGGCAUGCGUACGGGGUGUCCUACCUAGCCUGGAGCCCCGACGACGUCUACCUGAUCGCUUGCGGCCCAGACGACUGCUCAGAGCUCUGGCUGUGGAACGUCCAGACAGGAGAGCUGAGGACCAAGAUCAGCCAGUCCCACGAGGACAGCCUGACCAGCGUGGCCUGGAACCCAGACGGCAAGCGCUUCGUCACCGGGGGCCAGAGAGGGCAGUUCUACCAGUGUGACCUGGAUGGUCACCUGCUUGACUCGUGGGAGGGGGUGCGUGUGCAGUGUCUGAGUUGCCUGGGUGACACCAGGACGGUGCUGGCCUCUGACACGCACCAGCGGAUACGAGGGUACAACUUUGAGGACCUGACGGACAGGAACAUAGUCCAGGAGGACCAUCCUAUCAUGUCCUUCACCGUCUCCAAGAGUGGGAGGUUAGCUCUGCUCAACGUGGCCACACAGGGGGUGCACCUGUGGGACCUGCAGGACCGCGUGCUGGUGAGGAAGUACCAGGGUGUGACCCAGGGCUUCUACACCAUCCACUCCUGCUUCGGGGGCCACAACGAGGACUUCAUUGCCAGCGGGAGUGAAGACCACAAGGUGUACAUCUGGCACCGCAGCAGUGAGCUGCCCAUCGCUGAGCUGACGGGACACACGCGCACGGUCAACUGUGUAAGCUGGAACCCAGUGCUGCCCGGCCUGCUGGCCAGCGCCUCUGACGACAGCACUGUACGCAUCUGGGGCCCUGCCCCCUCCCUGGAGGGCCAGGACGCAGAGGGAGCCAAUGAAAGUUCCAGCAUGGACAGUUGAUGGUGACCCCAAGAGACCCACUUGGGGUCCCCCGAUGUUUCCUUGGUUAUAGGAGAACCCUGCUACUGACUCUUAACGAGCCAGGAGAACCCCCUUAACGAGGCAGAACCCUGCUACUGACUCUUAACGAGCCAGGAGAGCCAGGAGUUUUAACAGCUGCAGUGUGGGGGGUGUGGCAGUGAGGCUGAAUGUCUGAGCACAAUGAUGAUGAUGUCAGAGAGACGUCAGGCUGGUCACUCAAAUGAACCUUUAUGGCAGGCAGGCAGGCAGGCAGGCAGGCAGGCAGGCAGGCAGGCAGGCAGGCAGGCAGGCAGGCAGGCAGGCAGGCAGGCAGGCAGGCAGGCAGGCAGGCAGGCCUCCUGCCUGUGACCUCCUACAGGGCAGCAGGCUGUCUCCUCUGAGAGCUCCUGCCAGGCGUCUGCCUCACCUGCCAGACGUCUGCCUCACCUGCCAGACGUCUGCCUCACCUGCCAGACGUCUGCCUCACCUGCCAGGCGUCUGCCUCACCUGCCAGGCGUCUGCUUCACCUGCCACCACCAGAACGUUUAUUUAUUAUAUCCACUUUAUUUAGUCUUGUGUGUCUGAUCAUCAGGGCUUUAGAAAGAAGGUGGGGGUAUGUUUUAAGUUACUCAACAUCCACAAAGUCAUUAUAAGUCGUAAAUUCAGCCUUUGAAAGUCUUCAAAGGGUUUGAUGUCAUGUUGUUUUUGUUUCAUAAAGCUGAAAUUGAAGAUUGUUUUUCUCUCCUGAACUGAUAUUUUUAGGAGGACUUGAAAGCAUUUUAUCUAAAAUCAGAUGAAAACUCAAGAGUAUCUAGGAUAUGCUUGUGUUUAGAUGGUGGUUGUGUUAUCUUUUCUCCGUUGUGGUUCUUACAGAAGGUACAUUUUACUCAAGUGUUUUCUGAUGCAUAAUGGGAAGGAGUGUAUUGAUAGUGUUUAACGGCCACACUUUUGGGCUCUGGUCAUCUGCUCUGCGGAGUAGUUUGACAGUCUUGUGGCUACACAGCGUAAGGCUUCACAGAGGGCUGCUGUACUGCAGAACAGGAAGCACUGUUCUUCCCGUCCCCGUAACCUCACUUCCUCUCUCGAACCCUCUCCCUGCUCUGCUCAAGGAACUGUUGCUUUCUUGGUGGUGUUUUAGUUUAUCAGGACUGUCAAGUACUCUACAUCCUGACAUGACCCGUCUGCUAAAAUUUUGUCUGUUAUGAUUUUUUUCAUGGAUAAUGUUAUUGUGUAUCAUUUUGUUGCACAUGCAACAUGCAUUUCUAUUCAUGAGUGUAUCGUGUUUAGGAUGUUGUACAGAGGAAGCCUGUGGGACAGUCUUGGGGUGGGUUAGACUACUACGGUAGUGUGUGAUGUAGGAACAGGGUCGAGGCUGAGGUCCCCCCUGCCACCUACACCUUUUCAGAGCAUAAACAUAUAUAUAUAUAAUGAAAACACAGAUCUAGAUCAAAUGAUUCAAUAAUUCCAGACAUGGUGUUUUAGUUUCUGCAUAUGAAGUACUUUUUAGUUUUGACUUCUGCUUUUGUGUUGUUUCCCUGGUGUUGGGUUUCCCUGGUGUUGGGUUUCCCUGGAGCCACUACAGCUGGCGUGUUCACAGCCUGAUUCUUAAUGUUUAGCAUUUAAAAGGUGUUAUUACAAAUGAAGUGAUCGUACCAUGUAGGAGGAAUGUCAUGUAUGCUUUUCUUUUCAAUAAAAGCAUUGAGGAUUUUAAAAGGCUAUAACGUGUGGAUGAUUUACU